CUCAAGACCCAAUGGCAGACGCAAUCCGAAUAUCAACUCGCUCGCAAUUCACGUCUACGCGAAAUGAUCCACAGCAUUGACAAGGACGUGCCCCGAACAGAUCGCCACCUGCCAGAAUUCAAAUACGAGGAUUCAGCAGGCCUCACGGCCGUCCGCGAGCUUCUUCUCGCCUACCUCAUGCUGAACUUUGACCUCGGUUACGUUCAGGGUAUGAAUGAUAUCGCAUCAGCCCUUUGGCUUGUAUUUCGGGAUGAAGCCUUGACUUUCUGGGCCUUUGCACACUGGAUGGAGGACCUCGAACCGCUCUAUGCUUUUGAUCAGCAUGGCAUUGAAAACCAGUUGAAGCUCGUGUCCACGUUGGUUCGGUUUGUGGACCCCCACCUUAUGCAUCAGCUUGAGCGAGCCAAUUCCACCCAUUUUCUGUUUUGCUUGCGCUGGCUCCUGGUCUUUUUCAAACGCGACUUUGACGUCUCUGGUGCACGUAAAAUUUGGGAGGUGCGUGGU